AUGGGUCUCACUUUCUCCAAGUUGUUCGAUCGCCUCUGGGGCAAGAAGGAGAUGCGCAUUCUGAUGGUCGGAUUGGACGCGGCCGGAAAGACCACCAUCCUCUACAAGCUGAAGCUCGGUGAAAUCGUCACCACCAUUCCCACCAUCGGCUUCAACGUCGAGACUGUCGAGUACAAGAACAUCCAGUUCACCGUGUGGGACGUCGGAGGCCAGGACAAAAUCCGCCCAUUGUGGAGACACUACUUCCAGAACACCCAGGGUAUCAUCUUCGUCGUCGACAGCAACGAUCGCGAUCGUGUUGUCGAGGCCCGCGAGGAGCUCCAGCGCAUGCUGAACGAGGACGAGCUCAGGGACGCUCUUCUCCUCGUCUUUGCCAACAAGCAGGAUCUGCCCAACGCCAUGAACGCUGCUGAGAUCACUGACAAGCUCGGCCUGCACAGCUUGAGGCAACGUGCCUGGUACAUCCAAUCGACUUGCGCUACUUCUGGUGACGGUCUCUACGAAGGUCUCGAGUGGCUCAGCAACUCGCUGCGCAAGGCCGGCCACAACUAG